AUGCCGCCAAAGACGCCCAGAAAGCCGGUGACGGCCAGCGCGGCAAGACCACGUUCUAAAAAGCUCAAUGGACACUCUGGUCCCCUCAAACUUCUUCCCAAGGUUAUCGCGAUGCUAUCUCUGGCCGCUCUGUCUUCUUCGGUAUCUCAACUGAACCUCUCACCCGUUUAUGGGGUAAUACCUUCAUACCUCUAUCAUCAGAAGGCAAUCACAGCGACAGCCUUCAUAGCCUUUAUGGGUAGAUCCGCGCUCAACAUAUAUCUGCCCAAAAACGUGGAGAAGUACAUCCCUGUCUUAGCAUUCUGGAUACCGAAUAUACAACAUGUCCUCUUCAAGUUCAGCGGCCAACUGGGUCCGACGUACGGACCAAUCUUGACUGAGGCUCUCACGUUCGUUCCAUUACUAGGCCUUGUCUUCUAUACUGUGAGCUCCAUGCUCGACUCACUAGACCUGAGCGAGCUCAAUCCAGUCAUAGCGGACAUGCUUCCACCGGUCGGAUCCUACUUCAUGUUCUCCAUUGUUGAGAAAACCAUCUCGUCGUCUAUAUCUCAAUGGAUGGGCAGCACCGAUCUACUCACACGAUCUGGGCUAAACUUCCUCAUAGCUGCUGGCUUCGCCGCUCUGAGCCCGUCGCUGUUGCUUCUGCUGGCUGCACCAGCUCUAUACCAUACCAUUGCAUUCAAUCCGCAUCAGUUCCCGGAUAGGACGAUACCGACGCUGAACAGCGCACUUCAACCUCACAACUUCACCCUCCUGGCGCGCCACGAAAGCCUGACUGGCUACGUCUCUGUUCUCGAGUCAUCAUCCUCUCACUUCCGCGUUCUGCGAUGCGAUCACUCUCUGCUCGGCGGCGAAUGGCUUGUUACGCCUCAGCGCCAGCAGCAUGGCCAGAGGGUACCUGAGUCCAUAUACCAAGUCUUCACAAUGCUCGAAGGCGUGAGACUUCUCGAGACCGGUGACAAUCGGCCUGAAUCCGAGAAAUCCGCGCUCGUUAUUGGUCUUGGUGUCGGGACCGCACCAAAAGCGUUGAUCGAGCGCGGGAUCAACACCACCGUAGUGGAGCUGGAUCCAAUCGUACAUGAGUAUGCGAUGAGCUAUUUCGGAUUACCAGCGAACCACACGGCCGCGAUCGAAGACGCUGUCCCCUUCGUCGAGCGCACGUCUGCCAAGACACCGGGCGCGUUUGAUGUGAUUAUCCAUGAUGUCUUCACGGGAGGUGCGGAGCCAGCCUCGCUGUUUACUUUGGAAUUCCUUGAGAGGCUGAAGGCACUCUUGAGCGAGAAAGGUGCCAUAGCAAUCAACUAUGCAGGAGAUCUGGCACUACCGUCGACACGGCUUGUUCUCAACACCAUCUACACUGCCUUUCCCAACUGCCGGCUGUUCAGAGACAGUCCACCGAAUCCAGCCGUGCCAACCGAUUUCAUCAACAUGGUCCUCUAUUGCGUCAAGAACGAUGAGGGCAAGGGAAAGGAGGCUGUCCGGUUUAGAAAGCCAACCGAGCAAGACUUUGGAAAGAGCUUGGCUAAAAGACAGCAUUUGGUGCCGAAGGUGGAAUUAGAAAUCGACUUUGUAUUUGAUCCAGACGAGAAGAAGGAUUUGCUCAAGAAAGGCAAUACGCAUGAGCUGGAAAGACAUCAUGCGGAUAGUGCGCGUAGCCACUGGAAAAUAAUGAGAACGGUGCUGCCGGAUGCAGUGUGGGAGAAUUGGUGA